CGUUGAUUAUGUUGAGCGGCGGCGAGAAGACAAGGCUAUCUACUGAGCUAGCCUCUAUCGGCUUUCGGGUUUUCAUCACAUCUUCGUCUCUCGAGCGAGGUCAGAGGUCUAGACAUGGCGGCGAUGGAGGACCCCAAGAAACGAAAGCUCGAGAGAACCGGCACUGGCGACAGCGUCCUCGCUCGCCAAUCCGACGAGCAAUUGCGGUUGCUUCUCGACCCCCUCAGAAAGGACCAGCUCGUCGAUCUCCUAGUCAAGCUAUACCUGAAGUUGCAGAAGAAAUUAGAGGUGUUGCAAGUGCAGAUCCUGUUCACCGCAAGCUUUUUGUCCGUGGCUUGUCUUGGGAGACUACUUCAGAAACCCUGUUUUCUGCAUUUAGCGCUCAUGGUGAUAUUGAGGAAGGUGCUGUCAUUACAGACAAAGCAACUGGAAAGUCCCGUGGAUAUGGCUUCAUAACUUACCGACAUAUGGAAUCUGCCCAGAGAGCACUACAAGAGCCAAGCAAGUUGAUUGAUGGCCGCUUGGCUGUUUGUAAUCUUGCUUGUGAGGGGCUAAGCAGUGGAUCUGUCAGCACUGACCUGGCACUGAGGAAAAUUUAUAUAGGAGGUCUUUCCCCAGAAAUUUCAAGUGAAACUUUGCUCAAAUUCUUUGGCAGGCAUGGGGAGAUAGAAGAAGGCUCAGUUGCUUAUGAUAAAGAAACAACCAAAUCAAAGGGAUUUGGCUUUGUUACAUACAAGACAGUUGAGGCUGCAAAAAAAGCAUUAGAUGACCCAAAUAAGAGUCUUGGAGGAAGGAACAUCACAGUGAAGCUUGCAGACUCGCACAAGAGUAAAGUGAUACAAACACAGGCACCAAUGUCAAUGGGCCCGCUAGCCCUUCCCUAUCAACAUGGAUUCACACAACAGGGGAAGUCUCAUGCCGUCAGCCCAGACCCAGUAGGCUAUGCUUCUUAUACGCAUGCCUUACCAUCAUACCCCACAGCUUAUGGGAAUGCUCCCUCUGGCUUUGCACAUCAACCUCAAACUUCAUAUAUGGGUUUAAAGAAAGAUCAACCUGGGUUACCAUCCACGACAACUGGAGUCACUGGAUUCUCGUUUUAUGCAGCAAAACCAUGAAGUUUUUAUUCCCAGGUUGAAUGCCAGAGAGAGCAAAUUGAGUGUCAAGCAACUGAGACUGGAUGAAAUUCCAGAGGAAAAGUGCUGUUCUUACAUCCACAGGGAGACUAUGAACUGAGUUGGUGUGCAUUGCAGCUACUGGGUGAGGACUCAACUAUAUUUUAAGAAGUGUCUCGGUUACAAUUAGCUGCAAUUUGCCGAUUGAACCUUUGUUUUUUUAAUACAUUUGUGUAAUAGUACAGUCACUCUUUUCUGAGUUUUCUCUGCUAUAAAGAUGCUGAUUCUCAGUUAGUAUAGGCACCCAAUAGACUUUGUUGCUUUUCAUGUGGA